AUGCGACAAAAUCAUCAUCGGCAAGCAACUUGUUCUAUUAUUGCAGAGCACUUGAAAGCGAGAUAUGAAGGUGUGAAAAAAGGUACAAAUCCAACACAAAUAGUUAAUGAGAUGAACAAGAAUCUUGGUGUAAAGUGUAGUUAUUGGAAGGCAUGGAAGGCAAGAAAGUGCGCACAUGAACUUAUAAGGGAUUCAGCGGCAAACAGUUAUCCAAAACUCCCCUCUUACUUGUACAUGGUCCAAAAGUCUAAUCCUGGUACGUACACUAGAUUAAUUGUUGACGAAGAACAGAAAUUCAAAUAUUUAUUUUUGUCUUUGGGAGUAUCCAUUAGAGGUUUUCGUUACAUGAGAAAAGUUAUAUCUAUUGAUGGAACUCAUUUGAAAAACCAAUUUGGAGGAAAUUUACUCAUUGCAACUGCACAAAAUGGAAAUUUUCAAAUUUAUCCUCUUGCUUUUGGUAUUGUUGAUUAUGAGAAUGAUGCAUCUUGGAAUUGGUUUUUGACAUGCUUACGAGAUCAAGUGCCUGAUACUACUGAUUUAGUGUUUAUAUCUGAUAGACACAAAAGCAUUAUAAAGGGAAUUCGAAAUGUAUAUAAAAAUGCUUACCAUGGAGCUUGUAUGUGGCAUCUUGGACAAAAUAUAAAGACAAAAUUUAGUGGUAAAGGUUUGAAAAAGUUGUUUGAGAAGACGGCAAAAGCAUGUCAUUUCCACGGUAAUCGAUACAACAUCAUGACCACCAACAAUUCUGAGUCAUUGAACCAAGUUUUUAGAGAAGCUCGAGAAUGGCCCAUCAUUCCUUUAUUGGAGGAAAUUAUCACUACACUCUCCAGAUGGUUCUAUGAGAGAAGGGCAAAUGCAAAUUCUUGUCCAACACCACUUACAGUUGACGUUAUUGAUAUAAUGAGACAAAGAUACGAACAAUCAAGGUACAUGAGAGUUACACCCAUUAAUCUAAGUGAGUUCCAUGUUAAAGGUGAGCCACUAGACGGUCUAGUUAAUAUUGAGGAACAUUCUUGUACAUGUCGAGAGUUUGACAUUGAUAAGAUUCCAUGUAUUCAUGGCAUCGCUGCAGCAAUGCAUCGUGGAGUAGAUGUUUAUAGUCUAUGCUCAAAAUUCUACACGACUGAAUUUUGGAGGAUGGCUUAUGCAGAAUCUAUUUACCCUUUACCACCUAAAAUAGAAUGGCUUCUUCCAGAAGAGGUUAAGUCUCAAGUCGUUAUCAAACCAGUUAAGUUAAUUCCCCCAGGGAGACCAAAGAAUAAACGAAUUCCUUCGAGAGGAGAGUUUCCAAAGGAGAAGAGUAAUUCUGCACCUGAAUCGUCAUCAAAGAAAGUAAAGGGUAAGGUUUCUGAUGUUGAUGGGGGAAAAAAGCAACGGAAGUGUUCCAAUUGUGGAUGUUAUGGGCACAACAAAACCACAUGCAAGAAGUGA